UAUGAUGACGUAGAGAGACGUUGUCAGUUAUGGCGGCGGAGGGCUGUGAGGAGAUGAGCGGCAAUGGGGAGCUCACAGAGUCCUCAGGUAGUCAAAUCAGCAUGAAUUAAUAUGUGUGUGAUUUUUUCCGACCCGGGGAAAUUGCUUUGACCUUGUUUCAUUUGCAAGAAUUCGUAAUGUACGUUAAAACUUGAACCGUUUGAACGACAAACAUGAUAGGCUAGGCUAACGUGGUUUGCAUGCACCACGGAGAAGCACAGAGAUGUCCUAAUUAUCUUAGAUUAACUUGUCUUAUUUAACAUAAUAGUAUGGGCUUCUCAGCGUGUUCACCCAGAGUUAUGUCUGUUUUAUAUAAACCACUGAAAGGCAUUUAAAUAUCCUCAUUGCACGUAGCUUUUAUUAGAAUAAUAACUAUGAAUUUGAUCUAUGGACUAGAGGCGCUUUAACCAUGAAAGGAUAAACAGUCUUUGGUGUUUGUAGGAUGUUUUUGUGACUGUCACACAUAUGGAAAGUAGUUGUCGUUGUUGGAAAACCUGUGGGCUGUUUCCCACGCGUCUGUCUGGGAAGUAACUUUGACAGUUUUUAACCCUUUACAUAUCCUAUAAGUUAUUUGCGUUUCCCAAGUAGCCUUACAGGUACCCUCAGCCGACAAUGUUUACUCACAGUUUGAAUGAAUGAGUAAAUGAAAGAAUGGAUGAAUGAAUGGUUGGUUGGUUGGUUUCUUGGUUUGUUUCUUGGUUAGUUGGUUGGUUGGUUUCUUGGUUUGUUUCUUGGUUAGUUGGUUGGUUGGUCGGUUGGUUACUUGAUUUCUUGGUUUCUUGGUUGGUUUCUUUCAUUUUUGGUUGGUUGGUUGGUUGAUUUCAUGGUUGGUUUCUUGGUUAGUUGGUUUCUUUCUUUCUUGGUUGGUUUCUUACUUUCUUUCUUGGUUGGUUUCUUACUUCCUUUCUUGGUUGGUUUCUCGGUUUCUUUCAUCUAUUUUGGUAUAAUAUGACCGAAAGAUUAUCAACACUUCAACAUAUAUUCACUCUUCAAAUCAGAUAGAGUAUUGAACAUGCUUUACACUUUACAUUAAUAAUCAUUCAUUGUUUUCUCUACAAUAUUGACAAAUAACAUUAUUCUUGUCAAGUCUCAUAUAGCUUACCAGAGUACUAAAUUUUCUAAUUUCUACCAGACAGUCGUUCCAUAUUUUCCCCCCUUUUACAGACACACAUAAAUACUUGCCAUUGUUUGCGCUUUUGGUUUCUCAAAUAACACACAGCCUUUUAGGUUGUAAAUAGAGUCCCUUAGUUUAAACAGGUUCUGGACAUGUUGCAGUACGGCUAGGUUUUUGGCUUUGUACAUGAUUCUAUUGUGAUGUAAUCUACUAGAUCUUUGAAUUUUAAAAAAUUUGAGGAAGUAAAUAGGGGAUGAGUUGAUUCAUGGUAAUGUUUAUUGCAGAUGACUCUUGCGGCUCGCUUUUGUGAAAGAAAUAUUGGGUUUGUAUUUGUUUUUUUUUUAAAUUAAAAAGAGAGUUUUUUUUUUCUUUUUCUGUACUUUUCCCUCACACCUUUAUCAUUUACAAAGUAACAGGAGUUAACUGGAAUACUCAAGUAUAUUUGUUUCUUUUAAGCCAUGGAGGCUUCUGAGGUUCCUAUGCCGCCACCAACUGAGAUGGAUGAGACAUCAGAAGAAAAUGGAAGAGCACCGGAGCCCCUAGAAGGUCCUGACCCCGCUUCCUUCUCCAUGCCCCAAACACUGGAGGAUGAGGAGGGAGAACUGCCUGCAGAUUUCGAGCGCCUGUGGAAGGCCGCCCACGACAAUCCUCAAGAUUUCACCAGCUGGACUGACCUUCUACAGUACUGUGAGCAAGAGGUGUGUGCUGGCCAAUUUUACUAGAAAUAAAUGCCAUUUCCAGGCCACAUUUGGUGUGGUAGCUUGCAAUGGGUGCAUGAGACAUUCAGACUCUUAUUUUCUCUCAUUUUUAAGAGUCAUAUCACAGCAUCACGCAGAGCACUUGAGGCCUUCCUUGCCCGUUAUCCGCUCUGCUACGGCUAUUGGAAGAAAUUUGCAGAUCUGGAACGGCGUGCUGGUAACAACCAAAAAGCAGAGGAGGUAAAACUGAAGAGAGAGUCUAUAAUUAUUCUUUCUCUAUAUCCUUAACCUAUUAGAAAUAAGUGUAUCAAGACGUAUUUUUAUAUCAUUUUUUUGUGCAGUAAUGUUCAUGAUUUUGAUGUUGUGUGUUAGGUGUGUGUACAGGGCCUCCAGGUAAUCCCUUUGAGUGUAGAUUUGUGGAUCCAUUACAUCAACUUGCUGCUAGGAACACUGGACAUGAACCUGUCUGAGUCACCUGUACGGAUUCGGAGGUAGAUAAGCAAUCUCAGCUGUGUUUUUGUACCUUCUGUGGAGUCAUAUAUCACAAGAUAUCUUAAUAAUUUAGGAAAAUAUCUCACAACAAAAGUAAAUAAGUAAGUAUUGGUGAAUUUGGUGAAUCAAGUAUUUUCCAAUCUCAACUUUUAGUGUGUUUGAAGAUGCAGUGGCAGCAGCAGGUCUGGACUUUCACUCAGAUAGGCUUUGGGAUCUUUACAUUGAGUGGGAGAAAGAGCAGGGGAACAUGAAGAACGCUGCAGCUGUCCUCGACAGAGUCCUCAAAGUCCCUACUCAGCUCUACAAUACUCACUAUGACAAGUAAGACUACAAAUGCUGACAUUCUUCAUUUUUCUUUUUAGAUUCAUAAACUAUUGUCAUUACAUCUAUCUUUUCAGAAAUAACCAUAUCUUGCAUUUUCCUCCUUCUUAUCUUUGCUCUCUCCUAGAUUCAAGGAACACCUGAACAGCCUUGAGCCCAAAGAGUUGCUUUCCCAGGAGGAGUACGAGGAGCUGAGGACAUCUUGCCGUCAGAGCCAGAAAGCAGAGCGUGCUGAACAAGCUCAGGAGGACGAGGCAGAGAGACCGCCGGGGGAGGAAGAGCCAGCCACACCUGAGGGCACAGACACAGUGAGUAACAUCAAGCUGGCUGAAAAUUUGUAAAUGUUUAUUUAUGGGAUACAAAUCAAAAAUGCAGAGAAAGUGAUGAUUGUUCUUGUGCAUAGGAGGAACUGAUGCAGAAGAUUCGGGAACAAGUGCUGGUUCUGAGAGACAAAGUGUACCAGGACAAUGAAGGAGAAGUCCGAAAAAGAUGGCACUAUGAAGAUUCAGUGAGUUUUUCUGACUUUCCCACCCUUUUCUUAGCUUUUAUUUUUGAGAAUUGUUUUUGAUUUGCAUUUUCAAGAAUCUGCUUUUUUAAUAAAAAAAAAAACAUACAGCUUGACUAACUAGACCCCUCUGAACCUGAAUCCUCAAGUCUUCAAUAUUUCUGCUCGACAAAAGCAAAAUAUGACUUGUACUGUUCUAUUUCAGUCUGAUGCAUCCUUUUUAUUUUACUCUUUAUGUAACUUCACUACUUUAGUCCCAAGGAACUGAUUUCUCCAUUUAUGGUCUACAGAUCAAACGUCCCUACUUCCAUGUCAAGCCACUAGACCGCCUCCAGCUGCGGUCCUGGCACUCCUACCUGGACUGGGAGAUCUCUCAGCUGAACAAGGACACAAAAGACCACAGCCUAGGUGACCAUAUAAUCAAGAUACUGUUAGCUAUCAUACAUUAUCAGAGAUACUUUAGACCCCAAAAAGAGACCGCAGUUUGACAUUGUUUUCUCCUUCCAGAUCCAAAUGAGACAGCUACAGAGGGGUCAGAGGUUGCAGCCCUGCCGCAGGAGCAGUCAGAGGAUUCUGGGGUUGCUUCUGACGACCACAGAGUUCGUAUCCUCUUUGAGCGCUGCCUGAUUGCCUGUGCCCUGUAUGAAGAGUUCUGGACCAGGGUAAGGAGAGGAGUGUGUGUGAGCCAUGUAACAGUCAGUAAACAAAGCGCAGUGACAUUUAGGUUCCUGAUAAUGUUCCUUGUCUGUUUAUCUUGUCUUUGUGGUUUAGUACGCUCAGUAUCUGGAGGCUCAGAGUGUGGAUGAGGCGCGGGCUAUUUACAAACGAGCCUGUGAGGUCCACCUGACAAACAAACCCAACAUCCACAUGCAGUGGGCCACCUUCGAGGAGAGGCAUGGUAUGACAACAAGAAGACACACUGACUGUAUAAUCCCAGAUUUGUUACUUUUCCCUCGAAUGAAAUCUCAAAUGUCUUUAGUGAGUCCUACCUUGUGUUGUUGGGAUGAUCCAAAGUUAAAUAUCACCAAUGAUGUAAAUGUCAACAGACCAAGUGAAAAACAAUGUUGUUCAAAAGGGAGAGUGCUUUUUAACUUGUCACCAGUGAUGCUGAUCCCCAUAUAAUGAUUAAAGUUCAAACACCUCACUGCAAAGACACCCAAGACAAGAAAACUGUUCUAGACUCUUGUUUUCUUUCUUUUAUUUUGUAUCCACUACACUCAUGAAAACUCUCACAUCUUCUCCACCAGGUGAACUAUCAGAGGCUCGGCGAGUGCUGGAGGCUCUAGAGAAAACUCUGCCUGGGUUGGCAGUGGUCCGUCUUCGACGGGCAGCUUUGGAGAGGCGAGCAGGUCAGCUGGACCAAUCAGAGGCCUUACUGCAGGAAGCAGUAGCCGAGUCCAAAGACAAGCCCACGUUACAUGCUUUCUACUCAAUCAAGCUGGCUCGUCUGCUGCUGAAGGUUGGCAGGGACCCCAGGAGAGCCCGCAGAAUUUUACAGGAGGCGCUGGAGAUCAGUCCAGUGAGUCACUGACACACAGAAAUGUUCACUUUAUUAAUGGAAUAGUUUGCCCCUUCAUUUAACUGUCUCUAUUUUGCAUCUUCCUCUCGAUCAGUACCGUGUUACAUUUGUUUAUUGCAUAUGUUGCAGACUCAUUCAUGCAUUUACCACCAUGCUUGCAACUGAGGUAGACAAGCAAGACUUAAAGCACACUCUAUCUUUAGAACUUAACUUCUAUCUCUUCCCUCCUUCCACCUCAGGACAAUGAUAAGCUGCAUCUGAACCUGUUAGAGCUGGAAGUAUCUGGGGACCCCUGGGCCUCAUCUGAGGCGGUGCAGGAGUGUGUGACCCGAGCCCUGGCAGCUCCCCUAGCCCCACACACCAAAAUCCUCCUCUCACAGAGAGGCCUGCAGUUUGCCGAGGACUAUAGCAACUCUAUCCAGAGGUCAGGAGCUCUUUGAUUGGUCAUAUUCAAGGUACCCUAUAAACCCUUCAUCACCUGAUUGCUUUAUUUGUCCCAUGACUAUUCUCUGCAGUGUGCUGUCCGUGUAUGAAGAGCACCAGAAACUUCUGAAAGAGCUGGGUGGAACAAAGAGAGAAGCAGAGAAUGGGUGAGAGUGGAGAUUAAACUGAUUAAACUGAUUCAAAGAAAAAAAAAUUUAAGAAAACAUUGAAGUGCUGUGUGUUUUCUUUGAUCUCCUUUACUGUUAAGGGAUAUGGCAUCAUUAGAUAAAACAAAUUAAUGUUUCCAUUUCCUCAAAUAUGUCCUUUGUUGACUCACUAAACUGGAGUAUAUGUUCCAGCUGGACUGCAAACCUGCUGUGUAACAUGAGAAAAACUCUGUGUGUGUGCUGUGUUUUUCUUUGAUCAAUAAUAAUGACUGAUUUGUCUCUUAGGGAUGAGGACCCAGAGAAGCUGAGCAAAAGUGAAGAUGGCUCUGCUGUUGCUGUAUCUGAACAAGUUCCACCCACCAUGCCACAUGUUCCCAUCACCACGCCUCCUCCUCCUGUAAUGGGUGCUGAUGUGAGUGCACAGACGGGUUAUGGAGGAUAUGGCAGCUGGUACCAGGUAGGUCACGAGAUGUAACUGGUGACGGCUACAUUACAAUCCAACAAUAAUUUUGAUUCUUCUGCAUCUUCAAGAAUUAAACUGAAUUUAAACAGAUGUUAAGCCUUAGGUAAUAUUUGAGGUGAUGGUUUUAACUUGUUGCUUUUUAUUUCUAUUUCAGCAACCACAAUACGGCAGCUAUGGUUACCAGAACACCUGGAACUACAACCAAGGCUAUUAUCCUCCCAGCUAAAACAGCGGACAGUACAUGACUCCAAAAAAAGUCACAGGAAGCAGUUUGACCCAAAAAGACUUUUCAGCCAAGUAUCAAACUGAGUUUUCCAGUCCUGCAGGCCCAUCUUCUGAAAACAUUACCAUCUGAGCAUCCUGCCCACUUCGUCCUUCCUCUGAGUAGCCUCACUGUCCUGGAUUUUUUUUAAAUAAGGGACUACUGGAGUCAAGCUCUUUUAUCACAUGGUGUCAUUUUCAGUGUUGCCUCUGAUUGACAGGUUUUAAGAUGAUGAAAGGACAUGUUGACACCCAUGCUCAGCACAUCAGCAUGUCUCCAUUUCAAUUGGAACUAUUUUUGUAUCUUUUUUUUUUGUUUGCUCCACAUUUAAGGCAUCCAGUUUUAUCAAACUUGACAGAUGAUGUACGAUUGACAUUUUGUACCAUUCCAGAGUAGGAUAUUUGUCGUCUUUUUCUAAUGUAUAUAAAGGUGUUUUAUAGUGUGUCACAACUUA